CACACACACACACACACAGAGACACAGUGAGGUGUGUAUGUUCUGGACUGGCUGACUGACACUGAGCUGAGCUGUGAACUGCUGCCAUCUGAGGUGAAGAGAAGAGAAGCGGUGGACGGUGAAAGUGAAAGGAGAGCUGCUCCACACAGAGAGAGAGAGAGAGAGAGAGAGAGAGAGAGAGGAAGGCAGCAGCAGCAGCAGCAGCAGACCCAGACAGACAGACAGACAGACAGACAGUCAGAGUCAUGGCUAACAUCGCGGUCCAAAGGAUCAAGCGGGAGUUCAAAGAAGUUAUCAAAAGCGAGGAGACAAGUAAAAACCAGAUCAAAGUAGAGUUGGUGGAUGAGAACUUCACAGAGCUGAAGGGGGAGAUAGCAGGUCCUCCAGAUACACCAUAUGAAGGUGGCAGAUAUCAGCUUGAAAUAAAAAUCCCAGAAACCUAUCCUUUUAACCCGCCAAAGGUGCGUUUCAUCACUAAGAUCUGGCAUCCUAAUAUCAGUUCUGUGACGGGAGCAAUAUGUCUGGACAUUUUAAAAGACCAGUGGGCAGCUGCUAUGACCCUGCGGACGGUGCUGUUGUCUCUACAGGCUCUCCUCGCUGCAGCAGAACCAGAUGAUCCACAGGAUGCAGUAGUAGCAAACCAGUACAAGCAGAACCCAGAAAUGUUCAAACAGACUGCCAGGCUGUGGUCUCACGUCUAUGCAGCCGCUCCAGUCUCCAGUCCCGACUACACACGCAAAAUAGACAAACUCUGUGCCAUGGGCUUUGAUAAGAAUGCAGUAAUAGCGGCCUUGUCUUCAAAAUCCUGGGACGUGGAAACGGCGACAGAGCUGCUGCUCAGCAACUGAAACGCAGCCAGGUGUGAGGAUCCCAAACUCCCUUCAUCAUAACAUCAGCUCCUCUCCCGGCAUCCAUUCCACCAUUGCCUUUUGUUACACAGACAACCCCCCGUUCACCACAGCAGUCUGAGCCUUCUUUUACAACAUGUUUGUUUGCUACAAACUCAAUACCGGUAGCACCACAAAUCGCCAGUAUGCACACCGCCCUGCUGACCCCACCUGUCCAUUACGCUGUCUUUUCUUCCACUAACUCAAAAUGUGUAUCCUUGUAAUAAGCCACCAAAAACUUUCAAACAUGCAUCUUGUCUUCCAUGCCCUUUAUUCAUAUCGGCUCUUAUUUUUUUCCACAAAUUAUUGUGCUUAAUAUUUCAAAGAAUCAAAUAACUUUCCAUUGCCUGGUGGGUUUUCCAAUGUAAAAUAUGAAGGAAAUGCAGCACACUGCUCUCACAGAACAUCACCAUUUACUCCCUCCAGCAACCAGCUGGACCUUAUGAUAGAUUAUGGACAUUUAAUACUAUAAAAGGCCCAGCUGGAUUAAAUUUACUCGUCUGGAUAGUGUUCUGCAAUGAGCAGUGUGAUGGAUUUUUCCUGAACAGUUUAUCUAUCAAUCACCUGCAGUUUUUUUGUCUGUAGAAUCAGAAAAAUAUCACACAAACAUCUGCACAAAAGUAGAAAAAGUUAUCUGUAAAUAGAUGCGUGUAAAUUUGAAAAUACAAUGGGGAUAUACUUUUUUUUUUUUUUCUUACAUGGCAUUGUAAAGCAAAUUAUUUUAAAUAUAAACUAUGCCUAGUUUACAAUUAUAUGGAGAGAUAUCUUUUUAUGCUCAAAUCCCUCUGAAUGGCCUGUUUUGUUUUUCCCUCUUAAGAUUGUUGUGUAGGGAUGGCACAGCCAAGAUCAGCCAGCUCACGGCCCUCUGAAGGUCAUUACAUGCCUCCUUUUCUGCUCCACAAUCCAACCUUUUCUUAUCCUUGCAUGUUCUACGCUGCCUUUUGUUUUAUUUGGCCAAAUGAUGUGGUGAUGGGGGCGUCUGUUCGAUUCAAAGGAGAGACUCUUUCUAAUCUGUGGAAAGAGACGCCUGGGCCGCUCGCUAUGCUCGGCAAGCACACACACACAGUUUGACGUCUGUAGGGAACCAAAGCCGUUUCUGUUGAGCAUGUUGCUGGAACAUGUUCUCUUCUGCUCUGACACCAACAGGAAAACACACCUCAAGAAGAAACGAGUGUGAAUGUCAUUAAGGAUUUUUGAGUUUGCAAUGCUGUGGUUUUUUGUUUUUAACUCAUUUCAGAGCAAUCACUUUUUAGCCACGGAUUAAGGAUCGGCUCGCCCUCUCAGUCCUGAUGUUGAUCAUUAAGAGGGGAGAUUCAUCACCGAUCCAUUCCAGCAGUACUCAAUCAAAAACGUUGGCCAUAUAUAUAUAUAUAUAAAGAGGUGACGUCCCCAAACGUGCUUUACUACACAGCCAAAUAAAAUGCUCACUGAGGUCGUCUUUGAAUGAUGUCUUAUGAGUAGUAAAAGAGGCUGGAACUCCUCUGACGCAGAUAGCAGGCCUGCACAGUGUUUUCAGACAUUUUUGAUUUGAGGUACAUGGACUGUAAAGAAAUGCUUAGCAUAUAGACAAGUGAUGAAUCCUCACACAUGGCCUUUCUUUUAAAAAGAACUUCCUUUAGCUUGCCCUCCAGCUCAGUCCCUUCCAACACAAGAGGCAUAUUACAGUACUACACGGAGUUAUCGUGCUCCCUCUACACUGACGGUGAACAGUUUCCAGCCAGAGCCAAAAAAAAAAAAAAAAAGGUGUUCAUAGUCAGAGGUAGACGGCACACAGCAUCUCCUUUACUUGUAAAUAGUCCAGUUCUUGAUAAAGAGCCGUCUCGUUAUCACUAGCGUGCACCACUGAUGGCUGGAUCUAUAUUUUGUAAGAAAAAGAAAGGACAAAAAAAGGAUAAGAGGCCCCCUCCUCCUCCUCCUCCUCUUCCUCCCCCCCGUCUUCCUGGUUUUCUCACUAUGUACAAUAUUGCACGAUGAUGAAGCAUAGAAAAAGGGGCUGUUGCAUCUCAGUUUCUCCAUUUGGAUUGAGACUUAUUUUUCCUCCUUUGUUUCCUUGGAAGCGAGCAUCAGCAGUAUAAAAAGCAUGGUUAUUUAUUGUGACAGUGUCAUGUUUCUUUGAUUAAAAAAAAGUGGAAAAUCAA